GUGAUGAUGUGAUUAUUCUUUCUGAUCUGCCUCAGUAUGUCAAGAAUAUAUUUUCGAUAUUACGUUCAAUCUGUCACUUGUGAAGUCUAAUAUUCCAUUCAAAUUGGAAGAUGUGGCAACCUUGCCAACUAACCUCACAUUCUGAGCCUCAUCUUUCAAUGCUAUGUAAACGGAAAAUUAUUGAUGUUUUAAACUUAUAUUUGUGUCUCGCGAUUGUUUAGCUAAGUUUUCGAAAUGCCUUACAAGUGCUGCGUUCCUAACUGUGCCGGUAAUUACGGGAAGGGUCCGAAGGUACACGUAUUUUCGUUUCCAUUGAACGAAAACUGUCGUAAAAGAUGGCUCAAUGCAAUGCCUCGUAGUGAUUUAGUGGUUACAAAAUACACCCGAGUAUGUAAUUUGCACUUUCCUGAGGACAUCAUCAUUUGGGAAUCCACCUUCCAUAAGGAAAAGACAGGACAUAUCAAGAAGAAGAGAGAAAUGAGAUGAGAAAUUGAGGGACAAGGAACAAGAACAACUGCUUAAAG